CUCUUGUAACAAAAAAAAGGGGAAAAUCAUAACAAGGCAGAGGAAGAUUCCAAAGACAUCUUUGGCGAGGAGCCUAGAACUGUGUCAAAAAGGUGUCAGCUCCAGUUCAUCAGCUUUGUGUCACAUCAAAAUAGUCAACAAGAACAAUAGGUUCUCUUCUCUGCUUGGUUUUAUUUGGCAGCUCAGGUGAAAACAUCACAGCAAGAACUAAGAAGUGUCUGAAUGGCAAGUGAAACAAACAAGAACCCAGUUUCAGUCUAUGAUUUUACUGUUAAGGAUGCCAUGGGAAAGGAUGUGGAUCUCAACAUUUACAAGGGAAAAGUCCUGCUGAUUGUCAAUGUUGCCUCUAAAUGUGGAAUGACGAACUCAAACUACACCGAGUUGAAUCAGUUAUAUGAAAAGUAUAAAGACCAAGGUUUUGAGAUAUUAGCAUUUCCUUGCAAUCAAUUUGGUGAGGAGGAACCGGGAAGCAGCGAUCAGAUCUUAGAAUUUGUUUGCACUCGUUUCAAAUCAGAGUUCCCUAUCUUCGAUAAGAUUGAAGUAAAUGGCGACAAUACUGCACCGCUGUACAAGUUUCUGAAGACAGGAAAAUGGGGAAUUAUUGGCGAUGAAAUUCAAUGGAACUUUGCCAAGUUCCUGGUGAAUAAGGAUGGGCAAGCUGUUGACCGCUAUUACCCUACAACUUCCCCUCUUACCAUUGAGAGGGAUGUAAGGAAUCUGUUAGGUCACUAAUGCAUUUAAGGCCGUUCUUCUUGUUGAUCAUACGGAGUGUUAUACCAGAUGUUCAGUAACUUCAUCGAUACAGUACAAGCUGAGAUUGCAUGUUUCUUAGCCACUGAUGAAGAUACUUUGUUCAAUUGUCUUGUAAUUUAAAUGUGCCAACUAAUCACAGUUGUUUACUCCAUUUUUACAAGGCAACUUAUGUCUAGAGGAAUGACUUCAAUUUUCAUA